AGUGGAAAGGAUGUUUUUUUCAGAAUAUAGUGAAGUUGUGAUGGAACCUGGCCUUCCUUGCUCGUAAAAUUGAGUAAAAAAAAACCACUCUUCUGAAAUAGUAUUUAAUACGUGGCUUAGAUAAUACGUGGCCUCGAUCUUGUUUUCGUUUUGAAGCACAAAAUACUAUGUCAGCGAGCAGUUCGACGGACGCGCCUCCACCUGCGAGCGAAGCGUACGUAGUGAAAAAGUACCUCCCACGAUUUGCAGCACGUGGCACGACCGAUUUUCGUGGACUGAUUUGAUGUGUGUCAUGCGGAAGGAAGUGCAAUGUGGACAUAUGGACAUGAGAUACUUAGCGGAGGAACUACAAGAAAAAAAUGGGAGGUAAUAAUUUUCACUACGAUAAUACCGGAUUCUUCGCUUUGUUCUGCGGGGGAGGAAUUUGUUGUCCCCCUAUUCAUUGCAAAUAUGCCUGGGUCUGCGAGUAGGAUGUAAGGUUUGUCAUGCCUGUCUGGCAUGAUUGAAGAGUUUGCUAUGCGUGUCCAAGAAGAGACUCUUUGGCUUGUCACGCAAAAAGAACGCAGUGUUUCAUACGGGAAAGGCAACACGAAGCCGCGCAAAUAUAUUUCUCAUGCUUGGCUGUGCGUUCGAGAGCAUUUGCAUUCACGAUUCAGAUUCACAUCUCAGCAAUACAAGUUCCCAGACAAGUGACAUAUUUGCGUUGGAUAGAACCCCCAGCUGACCCGGAUGAAGAGGACAUCAAGAAGUGUUCCCUAUGCACUGCAAAAGAAAAAGUAAGUAUCGCGUUUGUCGUUGUAUCAAGUACAGACUUGCAUGACAGAUUGAGAUUUCAUCAUCUCCUCCUAGGUUUAGGCCGCGAAAAAUCAGCAAUACAAAAUCCACUUUAUUUCAACUUGAGAAUAACAAUAAAGCUACUUGUGGUGCAACUUAAAGAACUAGGACGAAGAUAUUUCUUGUUUUGCAUUGCAUAUUUCCAGGACAUCAUCAAAAAGCUCCAAGGGGACCGCUUCAAGGACAUGUAUGACGGCAAGGUGGAGAACUGGUGCGGAAUAUCAACUGAAACUAUCAUCCCAGGGCCAGUCAAAAUGUUCAUGCAGUAGCCCUGCCAUUCCAAAUGUAAUGACAAGCUGCAUCGGUGCACGAUUUUGCAACACAACAUGAUGAAAGAAGUACAGUGCAAAAUUGAAGUUCUCGGGACGGGCAAAGAACAACCUCAAGGCUUGUCGUGCGAAGAUGAAGUAGUACAACUGAUUUGAUGCUUCAUGUGGGCGGCCCUGGGAUUUUUUUUGCAGUGCAUACAAAUACUACCUGGCCUACGAUUUGGUGAAAACGGUCUUGAUAUCAACCGCAAAUGCUUAUGGAGAAGUGGAACUUGUCAUGCAGCUUUUUGUGCAUUUCUAGAAACGAAAACGAAAACCUGUACUACAUUAUCAACACAAGCACAGGCAUUUUUGUCCUUCGUCAUUCAAAAACGCGUGGUCGCACUACGCGUGAAGGAGAGUUCCAAGAAUUUUUGAUGCUCGCCUUGCAGUCAUCGUCAUCCACGGUCUACUUCCCGCAUAUUACGUGUUUGCGAUUGAUAAUUCAAGUACAUGAAGGAGUACCGCAUCAACCCGGCGUAUUACAUUCCAGUGCGCAUUUUGUGCAUGGCAAAUAUGCCUGGAUCUGAAUUUGCAUUUGUGGUGCAGGAUUUGAAGGACGACUUCAAGAUGAUCUAUUUCUGUGAUGCAUUUAUGUCAGUUUGUCAUGCAUCUAAGUAAGUAAAAACGGUCGAAGCUGCUACAAGCCUAAAAAACUUCUGAGGCUGUCGGACCGUACAAGCGCCUGCUCGGAUAUGAUGCGACGAGUUUCAGCAGGACAGAGCUCCAGGAGACCCAGACUACAUAUUUGCACUGCAUAGACUACAUUUGAGGCUUUGGGGGUCACGCAGUUGGACACGAAGGUCGUUCCGUACAAGCGGGUACCGCGGGAAUACGCGUCCAGAAUCCAGAAGCAUUUCAUCGCUAUCAAAUGCAAAAAUGUCUGGGUCUGGAAGGUUGCAAGACUUGUCAUGCAGGUUUUCCAUGACGCGCGAGGUCUGUCAUACAUGACCUAGCAUGACAGAUUGUGUGCGACCUCUAUCAUGCCUCACCCGCAUGAGAAAUUGCCUCUCAAAUUCGUCAAAAGUGGACAGCUUUACUUUUGGUAAUCCUGCAACACAGCUUUUUGCACGAUCCAGAAUUAGGAUGACAAGUUCCAGCGUUCCAGACCCAGACAUUUUUGCAUUUGAUAAUCGGCGAGUGGGAGCGGUUCGUUCUCGUCGGCCUGGAGCACUUUCUCCGCAAGGACUACCGACUCGCCAAGGUCCAUAUGCAUUGCAAAUAUGUCGGGGUCAGGAACAAUGUAAGCUUGUCAUGCUUGUCUCGCAUGACUCCCAAUCCUGUGAUGCAUGAGCAAGAAGAGAGCUUAUUUUCUGUCAUGCUACAAAAGCGCAGCUGAAGAUGCAGAAAACUAAAACACAUAGCAGCUCAACGAAUUGUCAUGCUUGGCUAUGGCUUCGUAAUAUUGUUAUUGCAACCAAUGUAUCCGCCAUUCCCAAACCAGCAUUACAAAUUGGGAAACCCAGAAGAAUUUGCGCUGCAUACCCUACAUGGAGCGCCAGGUGGACCGCAUGAAAUUGCGGGUGGAGAGUAUCCUGAGUAAAAAUGUCCCCACACCGUAGUUGUCAUGCAGAUUUGCAGUAAGUGGAAGAUUUGUAAUGCCAAUGUGCAUCCCCAUGAGAGGCAUUAAUUUCCAAUCGUCUUUUGUAUUUUGUAAUGCUGUAGUAAACAGGAUGAGCAGAUGCAGAUAGAUUUGUGUUGCGACUGUACUUGCGAAACUGCACUACAAUACAGGGACGAACUUGUCAUGCAGUUGUAGCACAGUGUGUUUAUGUCAUGCUUGACUCCCAAAACUUUUCAAUUUGUCGUGCGAGAUCCCCGUCUUGACUCUGGGACGGGGACGUUUUUGUAUAGGAUGGAGAGCCGCGGCCCGGCGAAGUACUCGUUGAAAAAAUGUCUUUGUCUGUGAUGUUGUGAAGACAUUACAGCCAUAUGUGGCCGCAUGCAUGGGUGGAGGCAAAGUGUGCCGCUUGUUCGAAUGAAAAGCGUAAUUUUGCAGUGAAGCGGCUGUUUGCUUUUGCGUGAAGCGGCAAGAAGGCCACACCGAGUGCGAAAUAAAACUGGCGUCUUUGCAUGACAAACGAGCAGCACUGCAACUGCUCCCCAACAUGCAUGACAAACCUCGCGAGUAAGUAUGCAAGCUGCUGUGCAUCUUGGAUUACACUUAAUAUUCCAGCAAUGUUUUAGACGCAGACAUUUUUCUAAUGGAUACGAAGACGAAGGAGCAACUGAUGAAGGAACUCAAGGACCUGUUGAAGAGUCUCCGGGCGAAAGACUCAUUCGAUUCCUAUUAUGCACUGCAAAAAUUUAUGGUCGUGGAUCUGGAUUUGUAAUGCUGACUUUAAGUACCUGUAUGUGUAUGAGAAUGGAAACGAGAUAAAAAGAUUAGUAACUCAGGAAUGAUAUUUUUUGUUUUUCAGACCACAGCAUCAUGUUCAUGCUUCCAACUACCUGGCACGAGACGUAAGACUUGUCAUGCCAGCUAUUCAUGCGAUGUUGAUAGAAUGAUCAUUAAGUAUUGUAUAAUCUUUUGGAUUGUUGCAUUACAUAACAUGUACAUUCGUUCACCCGUUGGGUGCACGUGCAUCCAUCUGCCGUGUGCAUGACAUAUUGAUAUUUUCUUUGCGUACAAAUAGGAGUAAAAAACUGAAAAUGCUCCUUGAUGUUGAAAUGUACCUGUGCGCCCUUCCAGAUUCAGACGGUUUUGCGAUGCAUACUUCCCCCCGCGACGACAUCUUUCACGGCCUAUGUGAGAGAUCCGGGAUGCACACGGGCUUUGCCUGCAUGGGUCCGCAAUUUGCCCGGAAGCUUAUCCGGAAAAACAAACUCCUCUAAGCAUACUGGAACACUGAUUAUUGAUCUAUGUCGUGCAAUCUACUCUGGGCCGGCUUGCUUCUGUGCCUGUCCAACUAAACGAGCAAAGGUUUUCGCUGCUGCAUGAGAUGACCAACACCAAAGUCCACAUUUCUAUAUAAACUUCACUUCUUCUGACACGAGCAUGAGCCGAUGCAAUGCCAAUGAGAACACCAGGGAGAAUCUUGCUACAUUGCUUUUGUUUGCUCAGUAGGUGGUGUGCUUUUCCGUCUGAUAAGAGAGGACUUUUCCAACUACUCGCCGCCGCCGCGGGUUUCGGUACAAGAGACAUCGUAUCCACUGCAAAAAUGUCUGGGUAUCUGGAGAUGGAAGGCAAACUUGUAUUUCGUGAUGAUUGACAUCAACAUACACAGAGGUCUUAUUCAUAGGCAGCAAAAGUUGCUCAUCUCCUGUCGCCGAAAUAGAAGAUUUGUCAUGCAGACCAGGCAUUGCUCUAAACCUGUUGUGCGAGGGCUUCCAUGACAGGCCUUCCAUGACCGUGUCACGCAAAAACAGCAUGGCAAACAUCUGCAUUCUUCCAGGAGACCCAGACAUAUUUGCAUGUGAUACAUUGCCUUCGUCUGGUGGUUCUGCUGAUGGUGAUUGUGACGUUUUCUGUGGGAAUACUAACUAACUAAAUGUUUCUGUUUCUCAAAUGGAAAUUUUGCUCCGUCCAAUCAAAUGGUGAUUUUCAUGUGUCCAUUGUAAAAAAUUUUUCGUUUAGCAAACUAUUGCGAGGAACUGUGGAUCAUUUACAAAAACGCGGUUGCCCUCUCUGUUCGAAGCAGUUAGGGUCGAAAGCAAAAAGGGAACAGUCUCAUCUCUUAUUCUUCUUCUAAUGUCCGACCUCCGUUCGGAGCGAAGCCGAGCCGGCGGAUCGAAUAUCUUAUUGAUGUUGAACUACUAGGUAGCGCGUUAGAAAAUGAUGUUGUCACAACCUUUUCCAUUUCCUUUACAGGAAGGGAUUAAAUAAACAGCAAUGCCACCACUGCAAGCGCCCGGUCGCUGUGCGGAAGUGGUCGUCGUGGUAACAGAAAACAGAACAGAGUUGUACUCAAGUUAACCUCCAGUGUCUAAUCCAGAACAGAAAUCAGUACAGAGAACAGGGAAGCUGCACUAGAAU